AUGGGGCCUUUUCUAACCAGCCCUGGGCGCCGUGGGGCCUGGCUGAGCCCAGGCUCUAGGGCCACACUAACUCCUCCCUCCUCCCCAUUGUCCCCAGUGCCACCCGAGGCGACGGUGUUCCCCAGACGCCGAGUGGAGCUGGGGGAGCCCAACAUCCUGAUCUGCUACGUGGACAAAUUCUGGCCAUCCGUCAUCUCCAUCACGUGGCUGAAGAAUGGGCAGGAGGUGAGGGAUGGGGUCCUCGAGAGCAUUUUCUACCCACGGGAUGACCACAGCUUCCGCAAGUUCUCCUACCUGCCCUUCAUCCCCACCCGGGGGGACUACUACGACUGCCGCGUGGAGCAUGAGGGGCUGCCCACCGCCCUCCUGAAGCACUGGG